AUGCUGCGCGCCAACCGCGCCAUCAUGCUGCUCAACCUGGGCUACCUGGCUUGCUACUGGUACUACUGUGACGACCGGCCCCUGUUCUACCGAACACUGACCAGAGCCACCGUCCUGGCUGCGGGUCUGCUCACCUACGCCCGGCUCGAGGACCCCGCGGUGGUCGAGUUCCGGUUCGGUGCGAUCCUCACUGUGCUGUUCUUCUUCCUAGUCGCCUCACCACUCUUCUCACUGAGAGAGAUCAUCAGGACCAGGAACAGCAUCAGCAUACCACUGCCGAUGGUCCUCUCGGGUACCGUUGUAACCCUACUGUGGCUGCUUUAUGGGGUGAUGAUUGGAAGUGCUUUUCUGAUUUUCCAGAAUGUGAUUGUUUUGGUCUUAUCAGUGGCCCAGUUGGGUCUGGUUAUCAUUUACCCGAGGACUCUGCCACCUGAGGAGAGCAAAGGCAUUGACUAUCUUUGA